AUGAAAAUUUUGUUUGUCUCUUUUUUGUAUUUUAUUAUUUUACAGUUAUCAUCUCAGUUUGUUCUUAAAAACCAUCCGAAUUCAACAAAAAUUAAGUCUAUACAUUAUAGAUACAACGUGACUAAGGGGAAAAAUUAUGUAAGAUCAUUAAAGGUUAAUGUAUAUAGAGGUGUUUUAAAAAAUGUUAUAGAGCCAUUGAAAGAUAAACAGUUUCAAAAAUAUUGUUUGUUUCGAGCCUUAACACGUAUAUGUGUAUCCUUAAGUAGUGGAUUCUCAUUAAAUGCACGUAUUUCAUUGUUCAGAAAAAAUAUAAACAAUUUAGUAUUAACAAAAUUGUUAGUCAAUAAUGAAAUAUUAAUAAAGAUAUUAAAAAUCGGUUGGUUAUGUAAAUUAAGUAAUAUAGUAAAUAAAAAUUUCAAACUUUGUAGAUAUUUAUCUACAAUAUUUUAUAUUAUCAGUAUAUAUAUAGAUAUAUUUUCUACCUUUAAUAUAUCAACUAAUUCUUAUAUAUAUCAUAUUUUACAUUCUUCAUCCUCUAUAAUGAAAAGUUUAAGUAUAAUGACAUAUACAUCAAUUAGAUCCUCAACCAAUUUAUAUAUAAGCCAAAUGUUGUCUAAUAAAAAUGGAAGUGAAACAAAACAACCUGGUCAAGAAAAUGCAAACCUAAAUAAUACCCAAGACAAUAAAAACUGUGCACAAAAUGAUAGUAUAAAUAGUAGCAAUGCGGCUGAACCUUUUCAUGAAAUAAAUUCUGACUUGUUUGCAAAAAACAAAAAUCAGAUGGAAAAUGCUAAUAAUAAAAUUAAGGACAAUCUAUCCAAUUUUGAAAGUAAAAAAAUAUAUACCAUUGGUGAUGUUAGUAUUAUAACAGAGUUACUUUCUUCGAUCGUUGAUUUGCUAACUGUAAUUUUCUUGUCAAAAACUACAAAUUAUAUAAAACAUAAUUUAUAUUUCUACAUUUUACUAUCAUCUUGUCAUUUAUUUUUUUCGUACAAAGAAUUACAUUAUUUAUUAGCUUCAAACAAUCAAGUAAAUAAAUAA